AAUCAGCGCAAGCUGGGGGAGGUGCCAAGGCCACCUGGUCAAGUUCCCAAACACCAUGCAAAAAAAUAUAGAUGUCAAAUCGUGCGCGUGCAAGUGGUGAUACUGAUCGCAUAACGAGUACAAGAAGUCGAAAGAAAUGUCAGUUUAUUAGACCGCGUGAAUCCGUGUUUUUAUGUUCGUCCGUUGUAAAUACAAAUAAAAAGCAUUUGCCAAAACAAAGACAAGCAACAAGCUCUAUGCGUUUUUAAAUUCCUUUGAAAUUAGGCGACUCGUGAUUUAAGAAUGGAUCCGUUGUUAUAUUUGGGUGGGUUAGUAGUUUUGUUUUUGUUAUGGAUUAAAGUGAAGGGCUUGGAGUACGUGAUAAUACACCAGAGAUGGAUCUUCGUUUGCCUCUUUCUCCUCCCCUUAUCCGUCAUCUUUGAUGUGUACUACUACCUGCGCGCGUGGAUCAUUUUCAAGAUGUGCUCAGCGCCAAAGCAGCACGACCAGCGCGUCAGAGACAUCCAGAGACAGGUGCGAGAAUGGAAAAAAGAUGGAAAAAAUAAGAAAUAUAUGUGCACGGGUCGUCCAGGAUGGCUGACUGUGUCCCUCAGGGUGGGAAAAUACAAGAAGACGCACAAGAACAUCAUGAUUAACAUGAUGGACAUCCUGGAGGUGGACACAAAACGGCAGGUGGUACGUGUGGAACCUUUAGCUAACAUGGGUCAGGUGACCGCUCUGCUCAACUCUAUUGGCUGGACACUGCCUGUGUUGCCUGAACUUGAUGACCUGACAGUUGGUGGGCUGGUAAUGGGAACAGGCAUUGAAUCUUCAUCUCACAUCUACGGCCUGUUCCAGCACAUCUGUGUGGCCUUUGAGCUGGUGUUGGCUGAUGGUAGUCUGGUCCGCUGCACUGAAAAAGAAAACUCUGACCUGUUCUAUGCGGUUCCUUGGUCCUGCGGUACUCUGGGGUUCCUGGUUGCGGCGGAGAUCCGGAUAAUUCCAGCUCGAAAAUGGGUGAAGCUUCGUUACGAACCUGUAUGUGGUUUGGAUGCUAUUUGCAAGAGAUUUGCAGAGGAAUCGGCCAAUAAGGAGAACCAAUUUGUGGAAGGACUGCAGUACUCUCGGGACGAGGCCGUGAUUAUGACGGGAACCAUGACAGAUCAUGCAGAGCCUGACAAGACUAACUGUAUAGGUUACUAUUACAAGCCGUGGUUCUUUAGGCAUGUGGAGGGUUUCCUGAAGCAGAACUGUGUUGCAGUGGAGUACAUUCCUCUCCGGCACUACUACCACAGACACACCCGCAGCAUCUUCUGGGAAUUACAAGACAUCAUUCCAUUUGGGAAUAAUCCAUUGUUCAGGUAUGUGUUUGGCUGGAUGGUUCCUCCUAAGAUUUCCCUGCUGAAGCUGACGCAGGGAGAGACCAUCCGCAAGCUGUACGAGCAGCACCAUGUGGUGCAGGACAUGCUGGUCCCCAUGAAGCACAUCAAGACCUCCAUCCUACGCUUCCACGAGGACAUACAUGUGUAUCCUCUGUGGCUAUGUCCCUUUGUGCUGCCCAACCAGCCGGGAAUGGUGCACCCUAAAGGAGAUGAAGAUGAACUGUAUGUUGAUAUCGGAGCAUAUGGGGAGCCCAAAGUCAAACACUUUGAAGCCAGAUCAUCCACACGCCAGCUGGAGAAGUUUGUUAGAGACGUUCAUGGAUUCCAGAUGCUGUAUGCUGACGUAUACAUGGAACGACAGGAAUUCUGGGAGAUGUUCGAUGGAACAUUGUAUCAUAAACUCAGAGAGCAACUCGACUGUAAAGAUGCAUUUCCUGAAGUAUUUGACAAAAUCUGCAAGUCUGCAAGACACUGAAUCCAGUCGAACCUGAAAGGUGUGAUCAACCAAACAACCCUUUUGCUGAAGAACAUGAGCAAAUCGGGCCAGAUACACUUAAAGCGCAAAUACUCUUCUUUCUUGAAGGAACACCAGCUAUGUUUCAAGUUCAACCCCCUUGUCCUAUGUCUAUAUUUGAGACAAAAAAUAAAGGGCCUUAUUAUAACACAAUUAGAUUAAUUUAAACAAUAUACAGUGCUUAACAGGUCAGUAGUUUAUGGACAUUCAACUGUGAAUAAAUAAAACUAUUUUAGAAUAUUUUGUCUAAUGAUCUGUUAAGCAUCAUAUAACACAAUUUUACUAUAAAAGAGUUACAAUUGAAGCUACUUUCCACCAUGUAAUA